UGGGUAAAACAGGUUAGAGAGCACCUGGCAGAGCGCAGCCUGCGGCUAAACAGGUGCACACGACAAUGCAGAUUCCAAUUUUUACGGUUGAUGCAUUUACAAACCGGCCGUUUUCUGGAAAUCCUGCGGCAGUUUGUCUGCUUGAAAAUGACCUGGAUGAAGAUUUGCACCAAAAAAUUGCAGCAGAAAUGAACCUUUCAGAAACAGCUUUCAUCAGAAAACUGAAACCUGGAGAUGACUUUACCAAAAGCUCCUGCUUUGGGCUCAGGUGGUUCACCCCAGCCAGUGAAGUUCCUCUCUGUGGUCAUGCUACUCUUGCAUCAGCUGCUGUGUUAUUUCACGUACAAAAAAAUACAAACUCAGUUCUCACGUUUGUGACACUGAGUGGGGAAUUAAAGGCCAGACAAGUGAAAGAUCAUAUUGUCCUGGACUUGCCACUUUACACAGCCUACCCCCAGGAACUUAAGGAAGUAGAAGAAUUAAUAAAGGCAGCUGUUGGUGACAUGGUUGUCCAAGACAUCCGUUACUCUCCCGACACAAAGAAGCUCCUGGUCCGCCUCAGUGACACUUAUGACAGGUCUGUGUUGGAAAACUUGAAAGUGAAUGCCCAACACUUUUUGUCAGCUGAAAAGACAGGAAAAUUGAAAGGACUCAUACUCACUGUUAAGGGAAAUUCCAGUGGAAAAGGCCAUGAUUUUUACUCCAGAUAUUUUGCACCUUGGGUUGGAGUUCUGGAAGACCCUGUUACAGGAUCUGCUCAUGCUGUUUUAAGCAGCUACUGGUCAGAGCAGCUGGGGAAGAAAGAAAUGCUUGCGUUUCAGUGCUCCCGCCGUGGAGGAGAGCUGAAGAUUUCUGUGCGCGGUGACGGCAGAGUGGACAUUGCAGGGCAAACGGCUGUGGUGUUAAAAGGAAACCUGACUUUCUGAAAGAACUGCCACCAGUCUCCCUCUGCUCUCACUAAUCACUAAUCUUUAUGUUACUCUGAUUAUGCUGAUUUUAUCUUAGCUCUAGGCAGUGAAUUACUGCUGUUCUCAAAAUCUUUUAUUACUCAUUGGCCAUUUUUAAAAAUUGCUUGAAAGUAUUCACUUCUGAUCUUCAAGAUCCUUGGUAUUCUUCACUUCCAUCUUGCCACUUCCUGUGUGCCCUGACCAAUGAAAAUGUUUGAGUACAGCUAUCUUGUUUUUCUGCCUUUAAAUGAUUCUUCUCUUUAUUUCCAAAUUCUAUGUUGAAAUCCCUUACUGCUUCUUGGAUUAAACUGUAAGCAUCUGUUUGAUAAUCAAACUUUUCCCAUGUAGAUAAUUUUUCAUGAAAUCUGAAUUAAUUUUUUUAAAAAAGUGUAUUUUCUUGGCUAUAUAUUAAAAUGGCAGCCAUGUUCACUGACUUACUUGAAUUAAAAUAUGAAAAAAUAGAAAUGGUUUAGAAACGUGCCUUGUGGUUCUCUUUUAUGAACAGUAUUUUUUGAAGUCAAAUGGUAUUGCCUUUGAUCAUAGCACUGCUGCUUAG